AUGCAACAUGUGCUAUGUCUUGCUCCUAAAGGCACCCACAACAUUGAUAUGGGAUAUGGCCUCUCAGCUUUUACGUUUUGUAGGGCUGCCACUGUCAAUCCUGUUGUUGGUUCCCAAGUUUGGGUGGAGGAUUCUCAAGUUGCCUGGAUAGAUGGUGAGGUCUUGGAGGUUAAGGAAGGAGAAAUUAAAGUCCGUUGCACUUCAGGGAAAACAGUUGUUGUUAAACCUUCUAGUGUUUACCAUAAAGAUACAGAAGCCCCACCAUGUGGAGUGGAUGAUAUGACAAAACUUGCUUAUCUACAUGAACCUGGUGUCCUGGAUAAUCUGAGAUCAAGAUAUGAUAUCAAUGAAAUUUAUACUUACACUGGGAAUAUAUUGAUUGCUGUGAAUCCUUUCAUAAAGCUUCCUCAUUUAUAUGAUAGCCAUAUGAUGGCACAAUAUAAAGGAGCCGGUUUUGGUGAGCUAAGUCCACAUCCUUUUGCGGUUGCAGAUGCAGCAUAUAGACUUAUGAUUAAUGAGGGGAUCAGCCAGUCAAUAUUGGUUAGUGGUGAAAGUGGGGCAGGGAAAACAGAAAGCACCAAGUUACUCAUGCGCUAUCUAGCUUACAUGGGAGGGAGAGCCAAUAAUGCUGCCGAAGGUAGAACAGUUGAGCAGAAAGUUCUGGAGUCCAAUCCUGUUCUAGAAGCCUUUGGCAAUGCAAAAACUGUUAGAAACAAUAAUUCAAGUCGUUUUGGUAAGUUUGUGGAGAUUCAAUUUGACCAGAGUGGAAGAAUUUCUGGGGCUGCUAUCAGAACUUAUCUUCUGGAAAGAUCACGUGUUUGCCAGGUGUCAGAUCCAGAGAGGAACUAUCACUGUUUCUAUAUGCUCUGUGCUGCACCUCCAGAGGAUAUUCAGAAGUAUAAAUUAGGAAAUCCUAGAGAAUUUCAUUAUCUGAAUCAAUCAAAUUGCUUUGAGUUGGAAGGGGUUGAUGAGUUAAAAGAAUAUCGUGAUACUAGGAGAGCAAUGGAUGUUGUUGGAAUAAGUUCUGAGGAGCAGGAAGCAAUAUUUCGAGUGGUUGCUGCAGUUUUGCAUCUUGGAAACAUUGAAUUUACAAAAGGGAAAGAAGUGGAUUCAUCUGUGCCCAAAGAUGAAAAAUCUUGGUUCCAUCUACAUACUGCUGCCGAACUUUUCAUGUGUGAUGCAAAGGCACUUGAAGAUUCUCUUUGCAAGCGUGUAAUUGUUACUCGGGAUGAAACUAUAACAAAAUGGCUGGAUCCAGAAUCUGCUGCACUCAGCAGAGAUGCUUUGGCUAAGAUUGUGUACACGAGGUUGUUUGAUUGGUUGGUGGAUAAAAUUAAUAAUUCAAUUGGACAAGACCCUGAUUCAAAGUCCUUAAUUGGUGUGCUGGAUAUUUAUGGUUUUGAGAGUUUCAAGACUAACAGGGUUGAUCUCAUUGAGUGA